UAUUCUUAUAAUAUUAUUUAAUAACACUAAUAGUAACAUAUUAUUUUAAAAAAUGUCAUCUGCUACUAAACAAUUACGAUUACCCCCUAUGCCUCGAAUAUCUGAUCUGAUGCGCUUAUAUGGGCUGCGUGCUAAAAAGCAGCUAAGUCAAAAUUUUAUAUUGGAUUUAAAUGUUACAGAUAAAAUUGCACGUAAAGCUGAUGUUUUCGAUUGCAAUGUAAUCGAAGUUGGUUCUGGUCCAGGCUCUUUAUCACGUUCACUUUUAAAUGCUGGUUUACGACACUUAUAUGCUGUUGAGAUUGAUAAGAGAUUUUUACCAUCACUUGAGCUCCUUCAAGAUGCAUCUGAUGGUCACAUGUCUAUAUAUCAUGCUGAUAUUUUGAAGUUUGAUAUGGUAAAGCCUCUAAAAAAUGUUAUUUCGGCUGAAUGGGAAAGCGAUGAUUUGCCUAAUAUAAGACUUGUAGGUAACCUUCCAUUUUCUGUUUCUAUUCCUUUGUUUUUGCAAUGGCUAGAAGCUUUGUCAACUCGUUCUGGUGUGUUUUCUUUCGGAAGAAUACCUAUGACUCUUGUCUUUCAAAAAGAAGUUGGUCAGAACAUGGUUGCAGAGGCUCUUAAUUAUGAUCGAUCUAGGCUUGCUAUAAUGGCACAAAAUUAUUGUCAUGUAAGUCGAGCCAUGGAAAUCAGCAGCUCAGUGUUUGUUCCAGAACCUAAGGUUGAUGCAUGGUUGAUGCACUUCAUCCCACUAAAAAAACCUGCAAUUGAUGCACCUUUCAAUGUCGUGGAGCAGGUUGUUAAGGCCAUAUUUUCAAAAAGAAGAAAAAUUAUUAAAACUCCUUUGAGACGUUUAUUUCCAGAAAACGAGCGUCUCGCUGAUGAAUUGCUUGAUCGUAUAAAACUCGAUACUAAUUUAAGACCGCAUCAAUUAGAGUUACAUGACUUUAACUUAAUCACCAAAGAAUUUAUGAAGAUUUGUAACGAAAACGACUAUUCUCUUACUCCGUUGCCUGUCAACAAACCUGAUAAGAUAGUUAACGAAUAAAAUUCACGUAAUGCAAAACAGAAUUUAAAAAUGUAACUGAAACAAAAUGGUAAUCCUCAAGAUUUAAGGCAAUAUUUUGAAACCACUUCUAUUUUAGAUAUUGAAAAGAUUUUCAUUUGUGUUUAAAAUCUACUAUAGAGUUUGUUUGAAUAGUUUCUCGAUGAAAGGCUAAAAAUCGAUGAAAGGCUACAUUUCUUGAGUUGUUUGAUUGAAUACUCGAACAAGUUUUGACGGUGUAACUCGAUAAGAGUUGCAAUAAAUUACUAUAAUUAAUUUUUAUAAAUAAAUUAAUUUAAAAUA